CCCGUCUGGAGCAUGCAACCAGACGCAGUUCUUUCAGUACAUCCGUCAGGUGCCGGUCGAUGCCCCUCCGGGUAUGUCCGUGAUGGACGCGUGGAUGAUGUUCAACAAGGACAAUGAUACCUUCGUCACGAUCGAUGAGAUGAAGAAGUUAUGAUCGCUUUGAUGUGGAAGAUUUAGAAUUACAGACGUUGUUGUUUAAUCCGUCUAGGACUCCAUCAUUCAAUGUUCUUGUUGUUGAAGUUGAUAUGAGUCUAGCUGUUCAACCAAGUGGGCGCUUUAGAAAUAGCGCUUUGAUGUGCCGCACUUUAGAAAUAGCGCGUUGAUCAUGUGCCCAGUACUAGGGUUGUAGAAUCAGUCUGCCAUUUUCAUCAUAAUGUAUAAGACGUAGUUAGCCCAUUGAGACUGCAGUAGAUGAACUACAUGCAAGAGCGAUUUUUUCUUCAUAUAGUACAACUACCUAGCUUGUUCAUUGAGAUGGCAGACGAGCACGCACUGAAUUUUUACUUCCUCGUCGUCAAAUCCAGUUCUAGUCUCCCUCCCAACCCCUCUCCUUCUAAUUCCCGGUGUCAAAGCCGCUCUCCCUCAGUUCGACUUCGUCUGGAAUGCUACGGUUAUGCGCUCUCCAACGACCGUCGCUAUGGUUGAGGCCGCUAACCGAACAUCCAUGGCCACUCGUCGCCGUCGUCUCGAAUCUGAACUGUUGUUAAGGCUUUUUUAGAUUCCUCCUCGAGAUGAAGCAUCUUGGAGCCUUUUCCUAAGGAGAAAAGCUGGCCAAAGAUGCUCUCCGAGAGGACGAAUUAUAAGGUAAAUAAGCACUAAUGUUGAGCGGUCAGUUCCGUCGCCGCAUGCUCUCUGUCAGGGACCCCAAGACUGGCAAGCAGGUCCGUCGCUUGACCGAUGGUGGCGGUGGUGGUGCGCCAGGCACGGACUUCAACGUCAGCUACGCUUUGGACUAUUCUCUGAAGACGCAGGCCAUGAUCAACAGCGAGUUCACCUCGACCAUCCCGAACACGGAAGUCGCUCAGGCAUUCUGCUCUUCCGAUGCCUCGAAAUGCAAGACCGCGGAAAACGCCGUGGAGGCGGCUGACGUGAACAAAGAUGGUAUGAUCGAUACAGAGGAGUGGGAAGAGAAGCUGCCGGAAAAGUUAAGGCCUUCUUACUCAGUGAGUGAUUGUUCAUCUUAUAGUAGGCAUUUAAUAGCCAUCUUCUUCUUAGAGGCAUCUUCUUGAGGAGGUUUGGCCCCUUUAUGUGUCUUCAGGGGAAGAGGGAGAAGCGUGGUUAUAAAAGAUGCUUCUUGUCGAGAAGAUGGGUAUGUUCGGUAACAAGGUCUAAAAAAGAUGUCCUCCGACCCAGAAGUCAAGGCCGAACAGGAUGCCCCUCCGGAGCCGAAGGCGGGACCCAGCGUCUGCUCCAAGCUCAAAGAAGCUCUCCCAGUCGGCGUCUCUAUUACGUGCAAUAACGAGAAGGACUUGGAAAAGAUGAAGGGUACUAAACUUCUUUGAAAUUUGGAUUUUUCGAUUUAGUGGAUUGAGGUAGAGAAUUUUUUCAAGGACGUGAUGUUCCCAUUGUGAUUUUCGCAAUAAUAAAACUGUGCAUCUAGUAGUAGGAAGUUACAGCAUCUUUCUAUUGAUUCUAAACUUCUGCCCUAAAUUUCCCAUCCUCCUAUCUUCCAACUGUCCCUCUCCACAAAAAUAAAGGUGAAAACGUCGCUGAAAAAAUGGAUGCUUGCGAUAUGGCUGAUCGCUCUUCUGGCGAGCUCGCAGACGGUAAGAUGGACAACGCCGAGUGCAAGGCUGUUUUUGAUCCCUCCACUCCGUACGAUGAGAUGCUGGCGAUCUGCGCUGGCGGUGAUCCGGCGACUAUGCAGAAGUGCCGCGAAGAGGGUGUCGGUACCUCGCACUGCGUCUCCUACAUGGCCCCAGAGGUCGGUGGCGACCCGGUGACGGCUGAGGUGAUCUGCCACAUGCACGAUGUGAUGGACCCUCCGGCUGCGCCGAUGAGCGGCAUGCAGCGUGGCGAGAUUGACAUCAAUUUCAAGAAGCUCAAGAAGGAGUACAUGGGCGCUGAGGCCAGCGGUGAAAUUCGCCGUCAACUCGGAGCUGGCCAGCUGUACCGCGACCCGAAGAAGCGUCACUUGCUGCAGCGCAAGACGUUUUCGCCAUUGCACCGUGCUCCAGGCCACAAGAAGGAAACCGGCUUCCACGAGGUCGUGUUCGAG